AUGAAGUUCAUUAUAAUACUAUUGAUUUGGUUACAUAUAUUAUUACAUAAUGUCCAUUCAAAUAGAACAUUGAUAUUUAAUGAAUUAUGGAAGAAAUGGAAAUCUAUUUAUGCUAAACAAUACAAUGAUCUAAAUGAAGAAUUGAUUCGACAAAGAAUUUGGAAUAAGAAUCUAAUUAAAAUUCAAUUGCAUAAUUUACGUUAUGAUUUAGGCUUUGAAACAUAUUCUAUUGGUUUAAGUCGAUUUACCGAUAUUGAAUGGAAUGAAUUUUGUUCAAUGUAUAAAAUUGACAAGAGAUUAAUUAUUCCUGAAUCAUCUUUUAUUGAAGAAGAUUAUGAUGUGAAUAAUGUUGGUUGGACACCAGAUUCAUAUGAUUGGCGUCAUUUGAAUGUUGUGAAUGAACCAAGAGAUGAAGGUUCAUGCAUUGGUUCGUAUGCAUUUGCUGUAACAGCUGUAACUGAAUCUCAAUAUGCUUUACGUACAUCUAAUCGAAAAAAUUUUUCUGUACAACAGUUUAUUGAUUGUACACGUAUAUAUGGUAAUAUGGGCUGUCAUGGUGGUUACACAUUUACAUUGUUUAUUUAUUUACAAAAUUUUGGAUUAGAAACAGAAGAGAAUUAUCCUUUUACGGGUGGGGAUCAAGAUUGUUUAGCAAAUAGUUCAGAUGUGAUUGUUCAAUCGAUUGGUUAUAAAUUUCAUCGACAUGGUUAUGAAACAAUUUUGAAAUGGGCAGUGUACAAUGAAGGUCCAUAUGUAAUUUCAAUGAAUAUUGAUGAAAAGUUUUUACAUUAUAAGUCAGGAAUAUAUCAAUCUGAUACAUGUACACAUUAUAAUUUAAAUCAAAGUAUGUUACUUGUUGGUUACGGUUAUGAUAAUGAUGGUAACGAUUACUGGAUAUUACAAAAUAAUUGGGGGACAAAGUGGGGUGAACAAGGUUACGUGAAAGUACUUCGUAACAAUUGGAAUAUGUGUGGAAUUGCUUCAAUGGCAUUUCGACCAAUAUUACGAGUUCAUCAUUAUGUUCAUUGAGCACACAACCUAUUCAGGCGCGUUUGUGAAAAGUUUACAACCUUUCGCUAUACGUGAUACAAAAAGGUGCAAUCAUCAACAUCACGGUGGCUGGCAAUAUGCAUUGAAACGAACGAACAUUAAUCAAAUGUGGAUUACCGAACUCCUAACAUCUAACCGGUCAUCAUUCAAAAUUUAUCGUCACAAUAGAUCAAGGUAUAAGAAAAGAAAACUUGUUGAAAUACUUUAUGCUGAGAAUUCUAUGUUG